AUACAACACAAUCAUCAAAAACCAGACAGACAUGAACACAUUAUUAAGUUAAUUUUAAUAGAGAUAUGUCUGGUUAUAAUAAUCAAUGCUGUUCAUAUUUAUUAAACCAACAAUCUUUUUCUCUUUUUACACAAUUCAACACACCUCUUAAACCUUCUCUUACAACUACUUUCCGCCCAGUUUUUACAUUUCAUAACUGUUUCAGAAAGAGGCCGAGAUGCCGGACAUUGUAUAAUUCUCCGCCUCGUUCGUCGUCUGAUGUAGUUCUCAUUGCAACCACUGAACAUCGUGACGGCAGUUUAGUGUUCCACUUUGGGGAUGCUAGUGAAGUGGUGAAAAAUGAUGAUGUUGUGGAAGAAGUUGAGAGCCUAAGUGAACAAGAUGGUAAGUUUUUGAAGGUAUUAGAUGGAGAUAACGAGAUACAGACGGUUGAGGCAGAUGAUGGAAUUAGGAAUGCAGAUAUUGAUAGUGAUGUUGAUGGAAAGGAGACUAAUAUCAUUAAUGAUUUGAAGGAAGAAGAAGCUCUUUCAUUACCACUCGAUGAAAUUGAUUGUACUUCUCAGCUUGAAGGUGCUGAGAGUUCAAACUCAACUCUCUCUCUUCUUAAUGAUGGUCAAAACAAAGACACGAAUGAAGAAUCUGAAGAAACACUUUUAAAAAAUAGUGAUUCUGAAAAUGAAGACCUAUCAGUUUCUGUUAAGCUUGAAACUGAGGGGGAUUCCGACAAGGUGAGAAUUGAAAAUAGUAACACAAGUGAUCCAGAAGAUUUAGUGGCUGCUACAAUGCCUGCACCCAUGCAUAAUCCAGAUGUUGAAUUGACAGUUGCUGAAAAUGAAGAUGUUGAAAAAGAAUUGAAAGAUAAGUUCAUAAAUGACAGCACCCUCAUAAACGAAAUGCUACCAUCUUAUACGUUAGAUGUUGAAUUAACAGUUGCUGAAGAUGAAGAUGUUGAAGAAGAAUCAAAAGAUAAUUUCAUAAAUGACAGCACCCUUAAAAACGAAAUGCUACCAUCUGAUACGUUAAAUAUUGAAUUGACAGUUGCUGCAAGUGAGGAUGUGGUAGAAGAGCUGAAAGACAUGAACAUAAAUGAGGGCACUUUUAGAGAUGAGAUACGACCAUCUGAUACAUUAGAUGUUGAAUUGACAGCUGCUACAAGUAAAGAUGCCGAGGAAGAGUUCAAAAUUUUAAACAUAAAUGGCGGCAUUCUUAUGGAUGAGAUGCUACCACCUGAUACAUCAGAUGUUGAAUUGACUGUUUCUGCUAGUGAAGAUAUUGAGGAAGAGUUGAAAGAUACGAAAAUCAAUGAGGGAAUUCUUAUAGAUGAGAUGCCACCAUCUGAUACAUUAUCUGAUAUGUCAGAUGUUGAAUUGAUGGUGUCUGCAAGUGAGGAUGUUGAAGAAGGGUUGAAAGAUCCGAACAUAAAUGAGAGCACUCUGAUAGAUGAGACUCCACCAUCCACUACAUUAGAUGUUGAUUUGAUGGUUGCUGCAAGUGUGGAAGUUGAGGAAGAGUUGGAAAAUAAGAACAUAAGUGAGAGCACUCUGAUGGACGAGAUGCCACCUUCUGAUACCUUAGAUGUACAAUCGACCGUUGCUGCAAGUGAGGAUGCCGAGGAAGAGUUGAAAAAUACGAACAUUAAUGAGGGCUUUAUUGUAGACGAGAUGACACCAUCCGAGACGUCAGAAGUUGAAUUGACGGUUGCCACACUUGAAGAUAUGGGGGAAGAGUUAAAAGAUACAAACGCGUGUGAGAGCACUCUUUCAGACGAGAUGCCACCAUCUGAUACAUUAGAUGUUGAGCUGACUGUUGCUACAAGUGUUGAUGAUGUGAAUGAACUGAAAGAUACAAACAAAAAGGACAACACUCUUAUGGACAAGAUACCACCUUCUGAUACGUUAGAUGUUGAUUUGAUGGUUGCUGCAACUGAAGAUGUGGAGGAAGGGGUGAAAGGUACGAAUACUCUUAUAGACAAGUUGCUACCAUCUGAUACAUUAGAUGUUGAACUGACGGGCGAUGCAAGUGUAGAUGAUGUGGAAGAAUUUAAAAAUACAAACAUAAAUGAGAGCAGUCUUACAGAUGAGAUACUACCAUCUGAUACGUCAGAUGCUAAAGUGACGGUUGCUGCAAAUGAGGAUGUGAAGGAAGAGUUGAUAGAUGAGAUGUCAUCAUCUGAUCUGUUACUAAUUGAACCAACUUUAAUUGAGGUAAGACAGAUCCAAAUACAUGUCAAUGUUGAGGAAAAAACCAUGGAUAUUUCAAGUGCUGAAUCUGUGGAUGUUCAGGAUCAGACUAUGGAAGAUGAGCUGCAAGAGGUAAGCACUAUAAACAAGGAGAACAGUAUUUCUACUGUGCCUUUUUCUAAUAUAGAAGAGGCAGAACCUGUUUUAGAAGAGGCAGAACCUGUUUUAGAUAUUAAACUUAAGGAGACUAAGGCUCAAGACUCAGAUGAUAUAUCUUUAAAAGCCAAUGAAGAAAGUGAAGAUCCAUCAGUUUCUGUGAAGCUUGAAAUCAUGCAAGGUUCACAAAUUGAAGUCAUGGAUGUUUCACAUCCAUAUGCGGAUGAUAAGUUUCACAUUGUGGAAACCGGGAACACUAAUGAGGGUGAUAUGGAAGAUUUACUGCCUCCUAUCAUGCAUAUCCCAGAUGCAAAACAAACGGAUGCUGCAAAUGAGGAUACGGACAUAGAUGAGGCCAUUCUCAUAGACGGACUUCUACCAUCCGAUGAAUUGGGAGCUGAACCAACUUCGAAGGAGGUAAGCCAGCUUGAGUCUUCCCAAGGCAUGCUUGAGGCCACUAUGGAAGUAUCGACUACUAAAAUCAUGGAUGUUGAGGAUCAGGCUGUUGAAAAUGAGUUGCCAGAAUUGAGCAGUGAUAACUGGGCUGAGAAUGAUAUUGCAAAUACGAUGCCUGCAGAACCAACUCUAGCAGAGGAGGUAAGUGAGCCUAAUUCAACCCCUGUUGAACUCAAGCCUACGAUGCAACUUUCAGACAUUGAAGUUCAGGAUGCUAUAGGUCAGAAUACAGAUGAUGCUAUGUCACUAGCCAUCAAUGCCUAUGCAGGUGACAGUUACAUCAACAAUGCAGAGCAGUCAUCCCAUCAAUUAGAAUUUCAACCAGUUGAAGAUGUGGAAGUAAAUCACAGCAUCUUGGAACAAUCUCUUGAAUAUGAUUCACUUGAAACCUCAAUUCUGCUCAUGGAAGGUGCCACUGACCCACUAUUGGAAGUAGAAAAAAAUGAGGACAACAUAAGUAGCAUUGAACUUGUUGAAGCAUCAGCAGAUACUACCUUGCUGUUAGAGGCUGAAACUGGAGUAAUAAGGGAGGAUAUUUAUAUCACGGGUGAUUUCCUGUCAUCGGGUGCAGCUUUGUUGGAGGAUCCAUCGAAGGCAUUGACAGGUGGAGAUGAUGCCUUUUUUGUGGCUGGAGGUAAAUGGCUAGGGGUGGCUAAUGGAGUCAACCAGUGGUCAUUUGAAGGUACUGAUCCAGGAGUUUUUGCCGAAGAGCUCAUGAGGACUUGUGAAGAGAUUAUCUUGGAUAACAGCAGUAUUCCAAUGACUAACCCUGUUGAACUUCUAUGUAAAGGUGUCAAAGAAACAAAUAUGUCAGGUUCCUCCAACGUUUUGAUUGCAAACUUCGAUGGUCAGGCUCUGCAUGUGGCUAAUAUUGGAGACACGGGAUUUUUGAUUAUAAGACAUGGUACUAUUUAUAAGAAGUCUUCUCCAUUGCUUCACGAGUUCCAUUUUGCAUUGCAAGUCGAAGACUGUGAUGAUCCCCUGCAACUGGUUGAGGAACACACAAUUGAACUAGAAGAGGGUGACUUAGUUGUAUCUGCUACAGAUGGGCUCUUUGAUAAUCUAUAUGAGCGGGAAAUAGCUACGAUCGUCUCGAAGUCAAUUCAAGCUGGGAUGAAACCAGAGGAAAUUGCUAACUUAUUGGCCACAAGAGCGCAAGAGGUUGGGAGGUCUGUGUUGGUAAGAAGUCCAUUCUCAGAUGCUGCUCAGGCAGCUGGAUACACAGGAUAUGCUGGAGGAAAGCCCGACAAUGUAGCAGUUAUUGUGUCUUUGGUUGAAAAAAGAUCUAUCCUUGGUACAGAGUAAUCUUACCUGGCUGAUCACAACAGAAUCUCCGAUCCACUUCAUAAAUACAGUUAAAACACAAAAAGGGUCCACAUUUGGUCCAAGGGAGAAGCCUGUGACGAUAAUUAGCAACACGCCAACACCCUUUCAAAUUGAAAUGUUUAUGUUCUGCUAGUAAAUUAGUGUUCAGCAGGAAUUAUAUCAUGCCAAAAGUUUGAACCCAUGACGCCGUCAUUAUGUAUAUAAUGUUGUACUGGUGGAUCACAUGAUUUAAACAUUGUUUAUCAUUUUAUGAGGUACUUGUAAUUGUAUAUACAUAGUGGUUUUAAAUAAAUUAGCAUUUCAAAUACCAUCAAUGGAUAAAGGUUAAUGUCA